UACGAGAUACCUAUUGCGGGAGUUGGACGAUGAAACAAAUGAUCAGUCAUGUGUCAUUAGUCAAGUUAGUCACGUUUGUUGUUGUCAAUACAUAUUAAGCUGUUGGCUCUCGUCAGUUGUCAAUUCAUAAUCGACAAAAGUACAAGUAAAAGGUACGCCGAAAUAUUAUAAGACGCGACCGCUCCGCCGCUCCAAAUCCUGGCAGUUCGUGUGCUGGACUGACUGAGCAGGGUUCAACCGAUCGAUCGAUCAUCGUCCUCCGGAAACGCCGUCAUCAUCAUGCAGGACUUACGGUCCACGAAUAUCCAUUAUGCCUCCCACACGUCAAACUAUUCGUUCACGUUGUUCAAGGAAUUAACCGCUUCCGCCGAGGGCAACGUGUUCGUCUCGACGUACAGCGUACAAUUUCUGCUGUUGCUCCUGGCGUUCGGUUCCAAGUCAAAGACCGGCGAUCAACUCAAAACUCUGCUGCGCUUGCCACAAAAGACUGCACCGAAUUACGACAAUAUCAAGGCGGUCAAAACAAACAUUGAAGACCCUGACUAUUUAACCAUUGCCAAUGGAGUUUUCUUGGAUAAGGCGUUCGUCUUAAGAGACGAUUACGUAGAUAAGGCUCGUGUCUAUAUGAAUGCUGAAGUGAAGAGUCUCGAUUUCGCCGGUAAUUUUGCAAAAGGAGUUUCGGAAAUCAAUAAUUGGGUUGAACAAAAGACUGAUGGAAAAAUUUCUAAUAUUUUUGAACCAGAUUCCAUUGAUCAGAAAACGAUAUUGGUUUUGGCGUCGGCUGUAUAUUUUCAAAACGCUUGGGAAAAAAAAUUUACGAGUACCAAGAACGCGAGUUUCUGUCUUACGCCUACAAAGCAUAUUGAUGUUGAAAUGAUGCACCAAACAAACCUUUUCAGAUACCAUAAGGACGACAAUUAUAAAUUCUCCGCCGUCGAACUACCGUACAAAGCAGGCGGUUUUGAGAUGCUGAUCAUACUGCCGGAUAGAGCAGACGGGUUGAAAGAUUUGGAAAACGCGUUCCUGAAGAACUCCAAAAACUUCGCGCACUUACAGGGUAAUCUGACUGUCCACAAUGUCACGUUGGAUCUACCAAAGUUUAAGUUCGAAUCAUCUGUUAGUCUAGUGAAAACAAUGGAAAAAUUGGGUUGUACCGAGAUGUUCACGUCGAGUGCCGAUUUCUCUUAUAUUAGUUCAUCUGGAGCGGGUAAUCUGAAAGUUGGUGACAUCAAACAUAAGGCCUUUGUAAGCAUCGACGAAAACGGCACUGAAGCCGCUGGCGUUACUGGUGCAAACGUGGUGUAUUUUAAAUUAAAAUACAAGGCCGUUAAGUUCCACGCAUGCCAUCCGUUCUUGUUCGUUAUAAAAAAAAACACAAAUAUAAUUUUUAUGGGCCGAUUGUCCAACCCGAACGCAUAUAUAGCUGUUUGCGGAUCGAGCUGUUGGGCCGACGUCUCGAGAUACGCGAUGGAGAACACAGCGAACAUCCACUACACAGCCCUAACGUCGAACUAUUCGUUCACAUUGUUCAAGGAAUUGAGCAAUUCCGUCGAAGGCAACGUUUUCGCGUCUACGUAUAGCAUUCAGUUUCUGUUGCUGCUUCUGGCGUUUGGAUCAAAGUCUAAGACUAAUGAUCAAUUAAAAAGUGUUUUACACCUGUCCAAAGACAAACCACCAAAUUAUGAAAAUAUCAAAGCAAUCACCACAAAGAUUGAAAUCCCUGGUUAUUUGACCGUUGCAAAUGGAAUUUUUUCGGAUAAAGCAUUCAGUUUAAGUACAGAUUAUACGAAAAAUACUCAAAAAUACUUGAAUUCUGAAGUGAGAAGUGUCGAUUUUUCUGGUAAUCCUACAUCCGGGGAGUUGGAGAUAAAUAAAUGGGUCAACAACAAAACCAAUGGGAAAAUUUCAGGAAUAUUCAAACCAGGUGACAUUGACAAGGAUACAGUGUUGGUUUUGGCAUCGGCCGUACAUUUUCAGAACGUUUGGAAACAACAAUUUACAGAGACGAAGAAAUCAAGCUUUUGCCUUUCAGCUACGAAGCAUAUUGAUAUUACUAUGAUGCAUCAAACUGGUCAUUUCAACUACUACAAGGAUAAUCAUAACAAAUUCUCCGCCGUCGAAAUACCGUAUAAAGUGGGAGGUUUCGAGAUGCUAAUAAUAUUGCCUGAUAAAAUGGAUGGAGUUAAAGAUUUAGAAAACGGGUUCCUCAAGAAUGCUAAAAAUUACGCGUACUUGCUGAGCAACAUGACCAUCCACAAUGUCGAGUUGGACAUACCAAAAUUUAAGUUUGAAUCUGAUUUGAAUCUCGAAAAAACUAUGGAAAAAUUGGGUUGUACCGAUAUGUUCUCGUCCAGUGCCGAUUUCUCCGAGCUCAGCAAAUCAGCUCCUGGCAAGCUAAGAGUCAGCAGCAUCAAACAUAAGGCUUUCGUAGACGUCAACGAAGAUGGCACGGAAGCUGCUGCCGUCACCGGUGCCAACGUCGUGAACUACAAUCUGGAAUACGUUUUGACUAAUAUCAAGACUGUUAAAUUUCAUGCGUGUCAUCCUUUCUUGUUCAUUAUUAAGAAAGAAAAAGAUAUCAUUUUCAUGGGUAGACUGUCCAACCCGAACGCUUAGAUCGCAAUAUUGAUAUCACAAUGCAAUGACAUGAAUAACAAAUAAUAAUAAGAGACUUGUAUUCCUAGAAAUAAGAUUUUUAUGAUUGAUUUUACAUCGAUAAUUAUGAUGAUGAUUGUAAAUUUUACAAAAUAUAUAUUUUUUUUAAAUUGUCGUAA